CAAAAAAUCAUGGACCAGCUGUAAGACAUUUUGUUCGUCCUUUUUCACUUGUGAACCAGCCGGACAUUCAUCACAAAUUCUUAAACAAACACACAACAAAAUGGGAAAACAUUUUCCCAAAAACUUUUGCACAAUCAGACCCUUCACCAUAUAUAAGAAAGGUGGAGAGAAGAGAUAUAUCACUGAAACUUUUGCAGUGCUCUUAUCACUGAAUUUCUGGUGCACCAUGAAAAUGCAGAGCAAACAGUGCAGAGUAAUGGUGAAUCAAGGUGCGCGGAUUGCCGAGGAAGCCGACCGUGAUCUAGUGAAAAAUCCCUGGAUGCAGCCUGCAUUAAUUGCCCUUUGGCCAAAAAUGGGAGGCUGCCAAACUACGUACUCCCCUCUGGUCUGGCACUGUCUCAAUAAGACAACUAAAAUCCCGCAUCAUUAAACUACUUCAGACUAACACUUGGUUUUUGGUUUGGUUCCCCUACAAAAAUGAACCCCAUCACAAACAUGAACAGCUACAAUGUUUCAUUCAAGAUGCAUACGCUCCAUGCAAUUAUUGCCUCCUCAUAAUAAUCUCCAGAGGGUACUGAAAUCCAGGUUUUGUCACAUUGGGCUGCGUUUACCGUUUCACUUGUUCCAUCCAUAUUCACUCAUGAAAAGUAACAGUUCUUAGCCAUCAACCAUGGUUCAUCUUCCAAUUAUAGCUGAAACAAAUUAUUGCAACCAAC